AUGACGUCGACCAUCACAGCCGUGAACCAGACGCAGAGUCUGGCGGCAAUUCGAAACUUUGUGCGCGCCUCGGUCUCGUGUAUCACCUAUGCGCGGGGGCUCUGCAGCGACAAUGCCUUUGAGCAGCGCCCGUUUCUUGGUCUUCCACUCCGCCAGCUCAUACCAUCCACCACCGAGUCCAUCACAAUCUCGGAGUGGAUUGAGAAGGGCGCCUUCGACGCACUAAACCGCAACUAUCUAAAAGAGAUGUCCCUGUGCGUAUACGACGCGGCGUGCCGCGAGCUGCUUGAGAGCUACUGCUUCGGCUUCAAUUACACUGGCGACGGAGAGCGGGCGCAGAUGACGCUCAACGCCUCACAAACCAUUGCAGAUGGUGCCAACACGGCGGCAGUCUCGCAGAGAAGCGGCGGCGCUGCCGGAAUACCCGCAUAUCGCAAGCGACGGUGCACAAAGCAAGAGGUUCAGCACCUCCUCACCUCAAUCCUGGAGCGGCUGAUGGAUGUGGUGGAGAGUCUGCCGCCGCUGCUCUCUGAGCGUGUUCUCACGAUGCGCCUCACCUACUACGACGAGGUGACCCCAGCUUCCUACGAGCCUCCGUGUUUUGCACCGGCCAGCGAGCAUAUGGCCAGACUUUACCAGAACGAGGUGAGACAUCACGUGCACAUCGGCUCCAUGGACACGAGCCACCACCUCUUCUCGGUCGCCAUCCGCCACCCGCUACUGCAGCAGAUUCACAGGCAGGUGGCAGGCAGGACGACGUCGGCAGCGGCAGCAGCGACAGGAAGAGCACCCCUUGUUGUGGGCAAAAGCGCUGAGGUCUCGACGCCGUCUGACCCACUUCGCUCCGGAUGGGAGAGCAGCUUCUCGUCAGAUCCGCCGGUGGCGAGCGCCGUGGCAGCAACCGGCGCCACAGUCACGCAGGGCGUGGUGGCAAACCACGUCUCAUGCGGACGUCCCCUUUGCGGCGAUGGAGAGUGCGCCGCGUUCGAUGCUGAGCGUGCUGGGGAAGAGAACGCUGCUUGCUCCUCGCUCGGUGAGGUGGGCCGUGGCGGUGCUGUCGCAGCUUGCACCAGCGAGACGCUGCGACCCUGCGAGGUGGCGAAGCUGGACGGCCUCUACCGCUUAUUGGAGAAAAGCACGUCCGGCGGCGAGCACCGUUUGCUACGGCCGGCGGAGCUGACUUACCUGCUGUUUGCCGCGUUCGUCUUGACAAAGGCGCCCAGCGCACGUGGUGGUCGUGGAGAAUUGAGGACUGACGAAGUAGAGGCCUAUCGUGCGCUACACUGCCCUGUCGACGUUUCUGCCAAGACAGUUCUGCUCGUCCUUCAGCGGCUGAGCACGGAGAAUUUCCUGGAGCCCUGCAACGCCCGCGGCGCUUCGGCUCCGAAGAAGCCGAGGGUGCAGGAAGAGCGCACACCCAUCCCCGCAAUCAGAGAGUGGCUGGUGCCAGAUCCGCCCGCAUCGCUUCUCCAGCAACUCAUGCAGGUCGAUGCGUUGACAGAGCUGCUGACGCAUGAGUCGCACCUCAUCCUGCAGGAGCUCUCUGUGUACCUGACGCGAGAGGAGUGGAGAAGGGCUCCACGGGCGAUGACUGCCAAGGCGAAUGCGGGCCGCAUAAGCACCACUGGUGGGAGUGGAAAGCGGCGGUCGUCCCGGUGA